AUGGGGAGUAGCAUGUCAUGUGUCCCCCAGCACAACUUUAGAUUCUCAAGCAAGAGCUUCAUUCGCAGAAAUAGCAGUCGUCUGUUUCGCAAAAACUAUCCCCAGGAGGGACAGGAGAAGUCCAACAGUAUCAUCAAUAUACUGUGCACCGUCACACCCAGAAAGGAAAUGUCACCUAAAGAUCUGCAGACAAUCGAAAACAUCAAAUGGGAUCCACUAAUUGCAUACGACCCUGCCAGCGGCUGGAAGAAAAGCAGCAUCAAUGUAAAAAAUUAUGGAAGAAUGGUUCACAGCUCCAAAGUUCGAUUUCGCUUUCAGCAUUGCGAGGACAUCCAUGACUGCUAUCUGGACCUUUUCCAGACGCAUCUCCACUUUGUAUCCAACAAUACCACUGGCCUGACCUACCAGGGAACUCUUCCAUUGAAAGAGCUCACAAUACACAACCUUCAACAGAACUGCAAUCACAGCCAAGCCCAGGAAUUUGCUUUUCAAAUAAACGGUGUAAGUCUCAAUCCCAUUAUUGUCUACUGUGCAAACCAAGAAGAAAUGGACAUGUGGUUUGGGCUUCUGAAAGAAAACAUUGAAGCCAAUGGAGGCACUGCAAUUGCACCAGAAAGCUUCACAAGGGUCAAAUUACAUCAGAAUGAAACCAAAGCUGGUAAGGAAGAGUUGAGAAACUCCAUCAACAGGGAGCCUAUCUACGAGUGGGAAGGCUCUCAGCGCGACAGCUUGGGCCCCAUCACUUAUGUGACUAAAGUCCGUCUGCAGCACCUCCCCUGUCAGGAACAAAGUGACAGGCUUUUGGUGAUGUACGCAUCUACCCUAAUCAUCCUAUCCGAAGAAAACGAUGUUCUUUUCUACAAGGGAAAGCUUCCUGUGAACAUGAUUACGGUGACCACUCCCUGCCAAGACAUUAAGCCCAACACAUUUAUGAUUGAAGGCAAACUGAUCAACCCCAUAGUAGUGUCCUGCCUGGACAGGACUGAGUAUUGCGACUGGAUACAGCAUUUGAAAGCUGCUGACGUCCCAGUUCUCAGCCCCCCUCCCCCGGUGUAUGACAUAAUCUACACCCCAACACAAAAACAGGGUCAGCAGGCUGACAGAUGGAGUGGACACAGCCAUGAAAAGAAAGACUCUCUGAGGUUCAGCCAAACUGGACAAUCUUCUCAAAACAUCACAUUUCCAACACAUGAAGACAACCCUCUUUCUCCGGGAUAUGCUGAACCGCUUUGUUACUCUAGCCGUCCCUCAUCCACUGAAACCGCUCGAUAUGGCAGUCGAACCAACAGCAUGUCGUCCCACACCAGGCCCCCAUCUCUAAGAUACUCCUCUCCUCAGCACAGCAAAUACCUCCCACCCAGCGAGACAUCUGCACUAUACAGCACCCCAUACUCUUCCAAAAUACAUUCACACCAGCAGCGACAGGAAAAAGCUCCACUUGUAAAGUCGAACAGCUGGAGCACCCCUCAGACUUCUUUCAAUUCCUCGCUGCAUGCAAAUCAGCGGCAUUCAGACCUGUGUGCACCACGUCAGCCUCUGUCUCCACUUUAUGACGAGCCCUGCACCCCUGAAAUCUACUCCCUGGAAGAGGCACAAGCUGAAAACCAAAGUUGGCAAGAGCCCCAGCUCAUGCCCUCCACGUUCCAGCUCAGGACACCUCCAAUGGGCCGCCGCUUCAGAAGGAGCCUGGUCCUAACCAAUCCCCAGGGCCACAAUCUGGGUCUGGAGAUGGAAACACCCUACAGCCAAGCCGAGAGGAGAGCAGAGGCAGUUUCCCGACUCAAGCUGCUGCCAAUGCCCAACCAAGUCCAAGAGCAGGCUCACCCCCCUUCAAAUACAGGGAUGAACACUUAUCAGAUGUCUUGUGGUUACUCACCAGGUCGGCAUUCAUACCUUGAACCAACAGACCCAGAUGAUCAGGAACUAGACUAUGACAACAUUUGGGAGUUUGACUGUGAUCCAGGGAUGAUGCAGCCCCUGCCUGGUAUUUCAACCCACUGGACGGGAUUAGAGUAUGGGGCCAGAGGCCGUGGUGCCAUGGGGACGCAGCAGAGAUGGUCAUAA